GUUAUGGGUCGCGUUUGAGUUUUGCGACAAAGAUGGAUGCCGAAAGUGUGGAAGCCGGUGAUAAAAAUCACUUAAACAAUGUUUUAUCAGAAACCGAGAUUGCCAAUUUACCAAAUGGCGUCGCAAACAAAAUCAACACAUAUAUUGAUACAAAAUUUGAGGAAUACAUGACCUCCAAGGCUCUUCUAGAAACCAGCAAAACACAAAUUGAUGACAAGAUAACAGCAGCAGAGGCAACAAUAUUAGAAUUGAAAUCAAAAUAUGAAGUAACAUCCAAAAAAUUUCAAAUUGCCGAUGAAACAGUUGCUGAACUUGAAAAGCAAGUAGGGACUCUAACUGCAGAUUUAAAUAAAGCAAAUGAAAAAAUUGUUCAAUUGGAAAAUGAAAUAAUUUCUCUUAAAAAUGCUAGAGAUGCUGCAGUUGAUGAACGAAAUGACCUGACCCAUAUUUUGGAACGGCGAAAUGCCAAAAUAGAAAUGUUAAUUGCUAAUGAAACUUCCCUUUCUGAACAACUGCGUGCUGCUAUUGAUUCAAAAUGUGAAGCACUUACAUUAAAUAAUGAUAUCCAAAGUAAGGAAUUAGCUUUGCAAUAUCGCGAAAAACGUAUGGAGCAAGAAAGGGUUCUAUUAAACACUCAAAUAGCUAGUCUCACUGAGGAAGUUAAUAGUUUAACUUCAGAAUUACAAACACACAGAUUAAAUAAUACAAGCCGUUUAGUUGGUUUAGAAGCAGAAUUAUCCAAAAAAACUGAAGAAUUGAAAUCGGCUAAUGACACCAUUGAACAACUCAAUGAAAUGAAGAAGAAACUAACUGAUCGUGCCGAAAAUCUUAGUCAAAGAUUAGUGGAACAGAGAGAUAUAGAAAAGAAAAUAACUGAAAAUUACAAAACAGAACUUGAAGCUAAAACUAAACUUGCUGAUUUAUUAAAAACAAUGCAUGAUGAUUCUGAAGCCAAGGCCACAGAACUUAGUGAAGGCAUAAGCGAGCUACAAAAACUCUUGAAUGAAGCUACUGAGAAAUAUGGCGAAUUAGAAACAAAAUAUAAACAAGCGGAAAAAGACCAUGAAGAAUUAAUGGAAAAGAAAAAUGAGGUAAUAUCAUCACUAAAAAAUGAAUUGGAACAUGCUAAUGAUCUAAUUAAAGCAGCAGCUGCACAGAACUUAGAUAUGGCACUUAGCGAUUUGGCACCAUCUGCGGCAACUGCAAGUAAACUUUUAAAAUCUGGAAUGUCAUUGACACAGAUUUAUUCGCAAUUAGUUAAAGUAACUGAUGAUUUAAGUCGAGAGAAAGAAGAGAAUAGAAGACUUACAACAACAAUCAAUAACAUUGUUCAAGAAUUGGAAGAGAGAGCACCUAUGUUACAAAAACAAAGGGCUGAGUAUGAGGAGACUUUAGAUUGCAACUCAGCUUUAUCACAGCAAAUCGAAUUGUUAACAAUUGAAUGCAAUAGGCUUAGAGAUGAUUACAAUGAGGCAUCUAGACUUUCAAAUCAUUACAACAGAGAAAAUGUCAAAUUAAAAGGAGAGUUAGCAGAUUUAGGUAGACAAGUUUGCUUUUUAUUAAAAGAAAUUGAGCACAGUCGAGGUGGGUUAUUAAAUGGUGACCAUGAUGCAUCCCAUGCUGAAUCAAACACCUCAAAUGCUUCAGAUAAUAAUUCCUCACGAAUUAUGUCUAAAACCCUGGUGACAUUCAGUGAUAUUCAAGAAUUACAAUCUAAUAAUCAAAAACUUCUACGAAUGAUUCGUGAACUAACUGACAAGCAAGAAGAGCUUGAAAAGCAUAAGGAGCAGUUUGAAACUGGAGAAAUGCAGAAUAAAAUAGAUUCCUUAAAAACUCGCAUAUCAGAGCUUACUGAGGCCCAAGAUAGGCAGACGAAAAUGGUUACUGGUCUUAUAAGACAACGUGAUAUGUUUAAAAAGUUGUAUCACGACCACAUGAAAGGUAAGCGCCAUGAAUUGUCAUCUGUAUUAGACACUUCCGAUUUGGAGAAAGGAGACUCCUUUGAGAUGGACCAGACUAGACCAGAAAAAACUUCUAAACCUUCACAAUCUGAUGUAUCAUUAGCCUUCGAAAUUAAAUACAAUGAAACAGAAAAACAACUUGAGCUUCUAAAGGAAGAAUUCAAAACCUAUAAAGAGGAAAAAGUUACAAAUGAGAGGAUGUUAUUUGAACAAAUUGACAAUAUGAGACAAGAAAUAUCAAAAUUAACAGCUGCAAAUAGCAAAUUUGCCUCUACGGCAGAAUUUAAUAAUGAAAGACUUAAAAUUUUGCAGACGAAUAUUGCAACUUACAAGAAGCAAAUUAGCUCACUGGAAGAAAAAAAUAAAACAUAUAAUGCCACAAUUGCUAAGCAUGAAGUGUCAUUACAGCACUUAAGAGAUGAGGCAUUAAAUUCUCAAAACAAAUUAGCUACAGCUGAAAUACAGUUGGAAAAUUUAAAACUGGAAUGUAAAUUACUAAAAGACACUGAACAUAGAUUGCAAACUGAGAAAGAAAUAUUAAAUCGCGAAAGGCAAGGACAAUCACUGCUACUUAAAAAUUUGGAACUUGUUAAAGCUAGUGUAGAACGUUUAGAAACAGAAAAUCGUACCAAAAUAGAAUCGCGGUUGGAUGAAGCUACAAGAGAAUGUUCAGCGAUACGUAUGAGACUUCAAGAAGAGCAGAAUAGAUUCAGGGAACUAGCUUCACACCUUGAACGCCAAACAGAAACUGCUAAAGAGAGGAUGGAAGAGGAGAAAAAAGCAGCUGAUGUAAUGAGAAAGGAAAUUACGAUUCUAAGGAACGACUUAAGCGAAAAAAAUAAAGCAAAUGAGGAACUUGCUAGGAAACUUAAAGAGGCCCUAGAUCCUAAUGUAGACAAUACAUUAGAGUCACUCAAAAAAAUAAAGGAAUUGGAAAAUAAAAUAUCUGAUAAAGAUGGUGAAAUUAAAUCACUCACAGAUCAAUUAAAUAACGCAAAGGAGCAUGUAAAACAGUACUGUGACAUUUCGGAAGGUGCGGAAAAGGGAAUAAAAUCUCUUAGUGAUGAAUAUGACACUUACAAAACUGCUACUGAAAUAAAACUUGCUGAAUAUUCUCAAAAAGUACAACAAUUAGAGGAAAAAUGUUCAGAACUAGAAGCUGAAUUAUCACUCCAAAACAAUGGGGAGUACGCCAGUAUCAAUAUUAAUUUGAAAAAUGAAUUAGCUAAUUGUAAGCAAGAGUUAGCAGUUGCAUUAUCAAAUUUGGAGUCAAAUCGCACAGAUUUGGAAAGUGCUCGAGCUGAAAUCACCAAACUAUCUGAGGCUGUCCAAAAAGCUGAGGACAAAUACACACAUGAGAUGAUAUUACAUUCAUCUGAUAUUCAGACACUCGCUCAAACCAAAGAAGAGUUAUCAAGGGUUCAAAAUGAACUAAAUGAAUUAGUUGCAUUGAAGAAUCAGACACUUGAAAAAUUAGAAGUAGAAAAGGCCUCAUGGCUUGAAAGACAAAAAUCGCUCACAAAAGAAAAUGAAGAACUUGUACAAAGAUUUAAAGAUAUAUGUGAGCAAAAUUCCGUCUUACAUGACCAGAUCCAGGCUUUGGGUACACAGUUAUCUGUCGCCCAUGCAUCACGUUCACAUUCCGAAAGCCUUAAUGAGUCUGCCAACGAUUCAAAUAUGAGUGUGUCGGUUAACGAAGAUGAUGCCAAAUCGUCUGAACAGAUGUACAGAAUUGUGAAAUUCUUAAGAAAAGAAAAAGAUAUAGCCCUAGCUAAGUUUGAUAUUUUACAAGCAGAAACUAUGAGACUACGAUCACAACUGGAAAUUACUGAAAAACAACUUGAUGAAGCAAAAUUAACUCUUGCCGCCGAAAGAGAAAAGUAUGAAGUUAGCUUGGUGACAGUAAAUAGGCAGUCAGAUAUCUUGAGGAAAGUAGAGACCCUUGAUGCUUUAACUGAUAGCAACAGAGUUCUAAGAGAAGAAAGGGACACAUUGGCGUCUAGAGUAGAAGAACUUACUAAAGCUACGAAAGCUUUGGAGGAGCAACUACACCCACUGCAAGAAAGUGUAGCUGAUUUAACCUCCAAAAAUGAAACCUUACAGUCGGAAAACACAUCUCUAAAAUCUGACUGCGCAAGAUGGAGAACAAGAGUAAAUGCUUUAGUUGAGCGUGCAAAUAAAACAAGUCCUGAAGAUUGGAAACGGCUACAAAAUGAACGGGAAACUCUUGCCAAAAUGUUGACAAAUGAAAAAGAAGCUCUUAAAAAAGUCAAUGAGGAAUUGGGGGCUUUAAAAAUUGAAAAGACUAAAUUGGAAGAACAGUACACUAUAUUAUCGCGACAACAAAACCAAUUAGUUGAAGAAAAUAAGAAAUUAAAUGAGGAAGUGCAGACACUUAAAGACGAUAUGGCGCGUCUUACGGAGGAACUAACUAAAAUAAAAGCAGCACACGAUAAUCUCUCGGAAACCAAUGUAAAAUUGUUAGAAGACUUGAACGACAAAGACGCUUCUUUAAGCGAUAUACGAAAUAAAGAAUUACAAAUUCGAAAAAUUGCCAAGAAGUACAAAGGGCAAUAUGAAGAACUGGUUAAAACCGUGGACGAAGAUAAAAAGAAAAGUGAAGGCGAAGCGGCCGCUGCGGGGGUAGCGUUGGCCGAGACUUCUAAGAAAAUGGAAGAUCAAUUGAGUGACCUCCAAGGCCAAGUACAGGGAGAAAAAGCGAGCAACGAGAAGCUCAAGCAAGAACUCGAAACAUUGCGCACGGCUAAUAUGGACAGGGAGGAAAAGGCGAAACAAGUUUUAAAACAAGCAAAGAGCAAAAUAGUACAGCUUACCGAAUCGAAAAACAGCUUAAGCCGAGAGGUAGAUGAAUUACGAAGUAAAAUCGGUGCGAUCGAGCAAAGCACGCGCGAGGAGCUCGAGGUUCGGAUAGCUUUACUAAAAUCUCAAUACGACGGUCGACUGUCUCGUCUGGAAAAGGAAAAAACUGAAGUACAAACUGAGAAAACAAGAGAAGUCGAAGCUCUCCUCCAAAAAGUGAAUAUGCUUCAAAGACAACUGGCAAAUCAAUCUUCCGCGGGUAAACAGCAAGCCACGACAGAGAAGGUCACCUCGGAUCCUCCGACAGCUAAUAUAAAACCGAUGGCAGGCGUGGCGCAGCAGAGCGUGACGGCGAGCCGGCGCGGCGGCGAGACUCCGCUGGCGUCAAUCCGGCCGAUGGCGCAAGUGGGACCGACCGCGCCGCACGACGCUCACACCACCGAGUAUAUGCCGGCCUCCUCGUCGCGUCCGUUGCAGCGCGCUGCUCUCGCGCCCGCCGCCUCCGCAUCAGCAUCCGCCACCUCCGCAGUCGCCGCCACCUCCGCUUCUGCUUCCGCACCGCCAGAGUCCACUCAAGACAUGGACACGAGCGAGGCUGGUAUGGGAAGCUCCGGAUCUAGUGACAACAAUGCUCAGUCUUCUUCACAUUCCCAGGCGCCGCAGCAAGCGGUGGCGUUAGUAAUGCCUCGCAUCGAGGUGCCGAGCGGCGCGAGCGGUGCGACCACAGCCAGCGCCGCCGGCAGCUCGCCCGCGCCCAGCGCCGCCGCCACCCCCGCGCCUACCGCCGCACAGCCCGGCGCCUCAAGCGCGACGCCAACGUCGGCGGCGGUGGCUCAGACGUCUAGCGGCGUCAGCACCUCGCACACGGCGCCCGGAGUCAGCACCUCGCACGUGGUGCCCGGCGUCAGCACAUCACACGCGGCCCCCGGCGUCAGCACGUCACAUGCGGCCCCCGGCGUUAGCACAUCCCAGGCGGUGCCCGGCGUCAGCACCUCGAAUGCUCCGCCCGGCGUCAGCACGUCUCAUCCCCCAACAGAAACUCGACCAGCCAAGCGACGUCUGCAAGCCAGACCGGUCUCUUCGAAGAGGACUCGCGUACAGGGUUUCGAAAGAUCAGUGGAAGUAGAGUACCAGGUGCCGACAUCGUCACGCUGCGACCAGGAUGACGAGGGCGUGAUCGUGGUGGACUCUGAGGAGGAUGACGAGCGAUGCACCGGCACCAUGUACAGGGAAGCCGAAGAUGACGAAGAGGAUAUGGAGGAAGAGCAAGAAGAAGAGGGUGGCGAGGAGGAAGAAGCAGAAGGUGACGAUGGCGAAAACGCCGCUACUCAAGAUUCGCCGGCGCAGUCCCCGGAGGCGGGCGGCGCGGGUGAGGAGGGUGACGAUGGCGAGGACGGGGAGGAGGUGGAGGGGCGCGAGGCGGGCGGCGCGGCGGCGGACGCAGCGCGCGAAGCCGACAGCGAGCCCGCACCACACCAUCCGCAGAUAGAGGCCAUCAGCAGCGGCACUGAGCCGAGCGGCGCGCUGUCUCUGGGCGGGAGCGGCGGCGACGACGGGGACGACAGUAUCGUGCCAUCCACUCCUACGCUCUACGUGCCCAGGCGAAACGACGGGUUUGGUGAGGCGGUAGUGUCGCCGCUGGGCGCGGGCGGGGACGCGGAGGCGGCGGGCGGCGCGCGCUUCACGUUCGCGGAGGGCGCCGCCUCGCACCACGACACGCACGCGGACCUCGCCGCCGCCCUGCCCCCGCCACACGCCGCACACGCCCCCCAGCCCCACACCGCCCGCUCGCACACCGACCGACGUUCCGAAGGCACGGAGUCGCAGUGGGAGGAGUCGCGCGCGGAGGAGGAGGCGGCGGCCGUCAGCUCGCAGGGCAGCGAGCCCUCCUCGCCGCAACAGCCGCCACAGAUAGCGGAGGAGGGACGCGAGGCGGAGGCCAGCUCGCCCGCGCCCGUCCUCGGCACGCGCCGCCCCGCGCACUCACCCGCCGUGCACUCCCCGCACCAGCGCUGGAUGCGUGCCGCAGACAGUGAGAGCGGAGCGCGCGGGCGCGGCCUAAGGCCUAGAGGCCGACCGCCACGUAGGUCUCAUUACAUGAGGUUCUAAAUAGAUAUUCAUUGUUACUUUUUUUUAAUAUAAACCUAUUUACUUUAAACAUUUCACUAAUAAGUUAUAAAAUUGGUUCGAUUUAAAAAAGCAUUUUUAUAACUUUGGAAAAAUUAUGUUUAUUGUCAACAUUUUCUACACUUUAUGUUGCUCAUAAAUAUUUUACAUCAUUAGUGUGAUGUGGCUGAAUAAUUUUAAUAAUUUUAUGAUUGUAAGAGUAUGUGAUUGUUUUAUAAGAAUAUUGAUGUGUAUAACUGGCAUUAGGAUUAGUUCAAUGUCUCCUUUACGUAAAUAGUAUGACUCAAUGGAAUAGGUUAAACAUACAUAUAUUCAAUAGUGUUUAGAAGAAAUAGUUUAAAUGUUUUAGCCACUCAAGGCAUCUUAUAUUAAUUAGACAUUAAUUAUUCAUCUCGUAUUCUGUAACAUCACCGACAUUUUAAUCUUUGUGGUACUAGUGUAAGAACAUUUCCAAACAUUAGUAUUUUAUUCCUAAUAAAUUUAUUCCAACAA